AAUGCUCCUGCGGCCGAUCUCGUCGUUCGCGGCGCUCGCGCCGGCGCUGCUGCCGCCGUCGCCUGGCCGCGCCGGCUGUCCCGUCAUGAUGCCGCGGCAGCCGUUCAAGGGCGGCAGAUUUGAUGACUUUCUCGAUGCGGCCGAGGCUGAACGGCGCUUCGGCCCAAACAGGUAUGCGGCAACCUCGGAGGAUGCAUGGAAGAUCGAGACAAAGAAGAAGCAGACGGCGGAGGAGCGGAGGCGGUCGAUGGAAGUGUACCGGCUGCAGAAGCAGCAGUGGCUCAGCGACCACGUGCUGAUCUCGCUGCUAGGGGCCGCCGUUGUGUGGGGCGUCAGCUCUGCUUCCGCCACUUUCAGCUUCGCUGUCGGCGCCGCGGCCGGCGCGUUUUACCUGAUCCUCAAGCAGCGAGAGGUGGAUGCGUGGAAUGUCGCCGCUGCGGCAGCUGGCGAGGAGCAGGAGGCGCCCGCGCCGCGCACACCGCCAGCACUCGUCGCGCCAGUGCUGCUCAUCCUCGCGGUGGCGAAGAACCCUGACGCGCUGGCAGUGAUUCCGGCGCUGUCGGGUUUCUUCAUGCAGAAAAUAGCGGCGGUCGCGCAGAUCGCCUACGACUUUGAGAGCAAAGCGGAGAGAAAAAUGAGCUGACCAAGCCGUGAGAACGCUGGGCCGCGUUUUUGCCGAGCGCUUUUAGCAAGUCCGCACGUAAUCGCAAAUCGGCGGUCCAGACACACAGAGUGUUUUCGCUCUAUCAAGACCAAGAGGGUC